AGCUUUUGGCUCCAUGACGUUGAAAACGUGUACUUAUAGGAGCUCCACAGUUACCCAGUGUGCCAGCGGCAUUGCUGGGGCAGUCAGAAAAUGCGACUACUUGCAGUCAUUCUGCUGCUCGAUUGGGCAGCCUCAGAUGAGCUGGCACAGCUGCGGCUGGAGGUGCAGCAGCUUCGCCAGCGCAUUGAGGAGAGGCAGUUGCAGUCUGCAGAUGACAUUAAUCAGCAGCUUCUGCAGAAGGUGGAAGAAGCUAGGGAGCAGGCUGCCUCGCAGUCCACCGCACUAGACACCAUUUGGUUGCUGGCAUGCGGAACACUUUGCAUGUUUAUGCACGUUGGAUUUGCAAUGGUGGAGAGCGGGAGUUGCCGGGCCAAGAAUGCUUCUGACGUUCUGAUCAAAAACGUGCUGGGCUUGUGCGUGGGGUCCGUGGCAUGGUGGGCUUGUGGCUGGGCACUGGCCUUCGGCACUUCCUACCACGGUCUGGUGGGCACCACAGGUUUCGUGGGCGAAGACCUCCUCGUGAGUGGGGGCAAUGGGGGCGCUUUGACCUACGCGGAAACAUGUGACGAGGGCUGCACCUCAAAGCUGGUGCAUUGGUUCUUCCAGUGGGCAUUCUGCACCACCACAGCUAGCAUUGUGAGUGGUGGAGUGGCGGAGCGCAUAAAAUGUUCAAACUUUGCUGUCUUCACCUUUCUCAUGUCCACCGCUGUUUAUCCCGUGAUUGUGUCCUGGACAUGGGGCGGUGGAUGGUUAUCCACCCUUCUCGAAGUUGGCUACACAGACUUUGCGGGGAGUGGAGUUGUGCAUUUGACUGGUGGCACCGCGGCAUUGGUCGGUGCAUCCAUUUUGGGCCCACGAGGCAACCGAUUCUUGAAACCUGCUGGCUUUGAAGCUCAUAAUCUGCCCUUGGUUGUGCUCGGCACUCUGUUCCUGUGGGCGGGAUGGCUGGCUUUCAACGCAGGCUCCUCUGGAGCGCUGCAUGAUUCAGAUACAGCAGCCUUGACUGCACAGGCGGUGAUGAAUACUGUCAUUGCAGGAGCUGCAGGCGGCAUGACAACGAUUCUGAUAAGGCUGGCAUUAAUCAAGAAGUAUGACCUCACGGGGCUUUGCAACGGAGUCCUUGCAGGAUGUGUUUCCAUCACGGCGGGAUGUGCCAACAUGAAUGCUGGCGCUGCCUUUGUCACUGCAACCCUGGGUGCUUGUUUUUACCUGGCUACUAGUCACUUGCUUCUCAGGUGGCAGAUUGACGACCCAGUCGAUGCUUCCCCUGUUCAUGGGGCGUGCGGCCUAUGGGGAGUUCUUGCAGCUGCAAUUUUCGACUGGGGCGGACUGGAGCGCUAUCAUGGCGGCAAUGGCUGGACGUGCUGGGGCUACAGCGACUGCAUUGUCGAUGCGAAGAGUGCGGCGUUGUUGGUGCAGUUGGUUGCCGGGGUAACCAUCGUGGCCUGGGCGGGCACCAUCUCCUUUGCGUUCUUUCGAAUCUCAGCCUGCUUUGGAUGUCUUCGUGUCGAUGAGAGGUGUGAGGAGGAAGGCAUCGAUGCGACGGAGUUCGCGCAGAGUACAGCUUACACCUUGAACGAGCGAGAGAGCCCCGACUCUUGGCGUGUCCUGUUCUAGGGACGCAGGAUAGUGGAUCCGCUAUUCUGGAUUCGUGAAUCUUUCAUGUACCAGAGGGCAUGGACGCUCUUGUGUGUGACUGAGCUGGUUGUGAAGUGAAGUUUCUGUUCUGCAAACACCUGCAGCGUUUGCAUCCUGGGUUUUAUGCCACUUGUAGUGAAAACUACCAAUCACUCAGAUAUUAGUUUGACUCACAUGAUCAAGCGCUGGCCUGCACGUUAGACUCCUCUGCAUCACAUCCGAUAGGGUGCAACAGCUGCUAUGGGCAUGGCAUUUCAACUUUUACAUUCACUGGUUGUUGCGAGUGAACUUCUAGUCAAAGGCUGAAGCUUUCUCGUUUGCACGAGUGUCAAAUCCAAACGGAAUCUAGCACGCCGGCA